AUAGCUAACUUGCUCUUCGUACUUCCCUCGCCCGAUCCACGACUUCUCCUUCACUCCAUCUCGCACUACACCUCGCACUACAUAUUUCAGAUGUUUGAAGCCUUGGUCUCCUUCCCACUGUUCCUCGUUUCCGCUGUCACACAGACAUAUGCCCUCCCCUCUUCUCGCGCUCUUCCCCCAAUCGAGGAGUCCAGAUGUUUGGGUUUUCCAUCUGCCAUAGAGGAUAUUGGCACCUUCACCCUGAACGCUAGCGACGUGGCUCGCUUAGCGCUCGCUGUCCCGGGCUUCAAUGCCAGCAACCAGGAUAUAGCCGAGCUCGCGGUCUUUACCCCUGGUCUUGCAAAUCCUCUGCCAGCGUUCUCAUUAAGGAACGGCUCCUUCGUUGUCACUGGGAGCGAAUUCGUCGGCAAUGCCAUUUCUUCUGCUGCUGGACAGCCUUUGCUCUUCCGGAGAGUGGACAACGUUGACGACGUCGGUGAGGGUGACUUCUGUGCUGUGCCGUCAGAGGACCCUGAAGAUGAAUCGUUCGACUUAGCAUUCAAUGGGAAUGCAGACUUAUUUUCCUUAUGUUCUCCGAACGUUGCCACACCAGACGCCCCACAGCAUUCCAUUGUUGUGUAUAACGCUUCAUCUGGCCAUGAAGACAUCUACCAUAUUGCGUCUUGCAGAGGAACACGACUAUCAAUUACUCCCGCACAGAAUAUUGCUACACGUUCUUCAGCCUCUAGUGCUGAUGUUCAACAAUAUCUCUCCGCACACAAUGUCGUGCGUGCUCAGCAUGGCGCCCAACCCUUGACUUGGAGCGACGCGGCGGCUGACAAAGCACAGACUUGGGCAAAUGGCUGUGUGUUCCAACAUUCCGGAGGAAGGCUUGGUCCGUAUGGAGAAAAUCUCGCCGCGGGAACGGGAGACUCCUAUGGUAUCCAUGAGGCGGUUAAGUCCUGGACAGACGAAGUGUCGGAAUACGAUCCAAACGACCCUCAGCCAUCACACUUCACUCAGGUUGUAUGGAAGGGAACUGAUCAGGUCGGAUGUGCGGUUCAGUCGUGCAAUAAUAUAUUCCCGCCUGAAUACGGGACAGCUAAGUACUUUGUAUGUGAGUACUUCUCACAAGGCAACGUCAUUGGACAAUUUCCGGAAAAUGUCCAAACGUAGUCAUUCAUUUUGGUUCGGAGGCCUGCAGAAAUUUUCAGCUGGGACCCUGUGGAAUGCCCGGUUCUGAUAGGCCUCAUUUCAGGAGGUUGCUGAGGGCUUCCAUCAAUGACUUUUUUGUUUGGUUUUGGCUUUACUUUUUGCAAGAAACCUUUGUUGUAUUUCGUGCGGUUGUGAAAUGAUAUCCUGAGGCUACAGUCGUAUGCGAGGUGCUGUUCAUUUGACCACGCCCUGCAAUUUCUGCAUGUGCGCCACGGCUUGGCAAUAAUAAUUAGAGCGUCGC